AUGAAGGGCGGUAAUAGUAGUUGUAAUGUGCUUCUUUGCAAAAUCAAACUUCUUUUUGGCGUGUUCGGCGCGUUUGAGGUAGUGUUUGAGGUAGUGUUUGAAGCUGAAAUGCGAGGCGAAUUCGGGAUUGGCUCUGCUGCUCAAUAUGGUUCUGCUGAUUUAACUGUUCAUGUCAAUGAAAAUUUCAGAAGGGCAAAUUUAACAUCAGUAGAUAUGAGGGAAUCAGAUUUCUCUGGUAUAUAUGCCUACAUUACUACUUCAUUACAUUAUUAGUUGAUGGAUUUUGAUAAACUGAUGUAACUCUACCAAUUUCCAGGUGCUGAUUGUAGUGAUACCCUGAUGGAUCGUCUAGUCUUAAAUGAAGCAAAUCUUACUAAUGUUGUUCUUGUAAGAUCAGUCCUUACUCGAAGUGACCUUACUGGUGCUCUUAUUCAAGGUGCUGAUUUUAGUGAUGUUGUUCUUGACUAUCCUCAGAAACUGUCAACUCGUCGAAACACUACAUUCCCAAAUUCAACGGCCACAGCUCUUGUUAAAACAUUUGAGAAGAAUACUCUCCCUAAUCUCAACUUUCUUAAACAACCUCCUAUAAACAAAAUAAACUCAACAGACCCCUAG